UGCGCAAAUUGUGCCUCAUGCAAAUUUUUAUUUGAUUGUUUUUCGCUUGAUUUAUUGAAUAGUUGCAUUUUUGUGGAUUCAAUUAUUGCUAUCAAAGCAGUCAAACUGUACGUCUCCUCCCGGGCGCCGGGCGUCCAUUAAUCAUCCGCCCCCGGACGCGUUCCCCAGCCUAACGUGGCGCGUUUCUCAGAAAUCACGGCUGUCACAGACGACGGCUUUUCUAAAUCCCAAACCCGCCGCGGUUUCACCUCAUCAGCGUUUUACAAGCGCUUUCGCCCGGCGUUUGCUCGUUUCGACGGUGUCUCGACUGGCUGGAGCGCGAAGCUAAAGUUAGUUUUUCAUCUGUCAUCCUCUCACAUUAGCGCGCGUGCCCGAGAGGGGAAGCUCGGGGGGGACGAGUCCGGGGCUCCCCGAGUAACGAGGAGAGAGCCAGCCGGCUGUGUCGUGUUGAAACGGAAGGGGACAGUUUUAUAUUAAGUUAUCGUUUCAUUGAUUUCCUUAAUAAGGGCGCCUGGAGGAACGGCGGCGAACGCUAAUGAAAGAACAGAGGCUGCUUGAAUGCUGAAGCGAGACAGUGAUGUAUGGGCUCUCGAAUGAAUUUUGCUUCACAACUUUCAUUUUUCCCGUCUGGAUCUCUCCGGUUCUCCUCUGCGGGAAAUGGUUCGGUCCAGAAGCGCGCUUGAACCCCCUUUGAAUUUGAUGUGCUCGUAAAUGGUACGACCCCCGGAGUAGAAAAGCCAUUAACUCUAGUAAGAGCUCUCUCUCUCUCUCUCUCUCUCUCUCUCUCUCUCUCUCUCUCUCUCUCUCUCUCUCUCUCUCUCUCUCUCUCUCUCUCUCUCUCUCUCUCUCUCUCUCUCUCUCUCUCUGAGGUUAGAUAAAGAGUGCAUUUCGAGGGAACCUACAGCAGAUGAGCAGGAUGUUGAGGAGAAGCCUGUGAUGACCCCUCAGAAGUCAGCAUCGCGGUCUUCGUCGUAAGCUGCGCGCUUGUGCUGUCUCUCUUACUUAGACGAAAGCAUGACGGGAGUUUUGCGACCCUCCAAACAGAGAUCCGGUAUGAAGCGACCUCGAAAUGAGCCUUACAGGGUUUUCGACUAUCAACAUGUUCCGACCAUCCCGUGUGACUUCGCGUCUUUUCGAGGGACGUGUUCGUCGCCCUCUUCGUCUUCCGCAGCCCUGCGGCAAAGCAGAGGAAAACCUCAGAGCAGACACAGGUCCAGGAGCAGAGGAAUCCAGCUAAGAAUGGAGGAGCUGAUGUGCAUUAAGAAAGAGCUGACAGUGAUUAAAUCACAGAUAGACGAGCUGCUGGACAGUCUGGAGCGGAUGGACCCUCAAAGCCGAGAGCUGUCUGGAGACGGUGUGGCGUUCUCUCCGCUCCACGGCUCUGUGAGCAGCGCGGACGAUUCGUCUGGUAGCUCUCCUCCCCUGAGGACAGACAGAGACACACAGACCGCAGACAGCGGUGAUGAAGACAGACAGCAUGUCAGUUACUACGAAUCGGAUUUGCUUUACAUGUAAAGUUUCAGAUUCAGGCGGCAAGCGACGUCGCGGGAUCUCUAAUGAUGAUGUAAAGAAAACCACCGGGAGAUUUAUUUGGAUCGGUUUCAAACGUCCGCGCCUGUUGAGAUUGUCAUCAAGUAAAGUGAACGUGAAUCCGGGUUGAAUCCAGUUGUGGAGCAGCUGUUUAAACAGACCAGAGCAAACCGAGCUGCGUGUCGUCUAAAGCCGCUGAUGGUUUUAUGAGUUAUACCAAACACAAGCUGUUUUUACGUGAUAUUUCAUUAAAAAUGCUGAUACGACUCGAGAUCAGGAAGUUAAUUAAAGUAUAGUGUCCACACACACACACACACACACACACACACACGUUAUUGCAAAUAUCCUACAUGAAUCAUUUUAUAGUUCUACACAACAGCUCAACUGAUAUGGGUUAUUAAAUGUUAAUAAGGAUAUCUACAUAGGUCUAUAUUAACUGAUAGACUGAAAAAAUAAUAUUACGUAUAUUUAUGAGCCAAACACGAGAUUUAAGAUUCGAUAUCGAACCCAAACGUCAUUCAAAUUCGCGAAAUGCAUAAUAAUUUUAACAAUUUUGGAAUCGGCACAAUGACUACCAUCUACCUCUUCUGUUAACCAGUUUAGUCUCAUGACCAGAUUUAUGAUCUUUUUUUAUGUGAAAAUGUAGUCACGGUCGUACACUUCAUUCAUUUAUAUCAUAAAACAGUGAUUUCCGGUUUAAUGUUGUUGUUUUUUUUUGUGAUAUACUUUUAGUGUCAUACUUUAAUGUGGCUGUGUAAAAUAUCGUGGAAUGCUGUUUUGUUUGUGUCGCUGUAUGUAUUCACUAACGGAAAUAAAAAUACUUUCACGUACAGUGCGUUAAA